AUGCUGCCCGUUGGUGUCUUCGGCGUGACGCUCCUGGCCUUUUCCAUCAGGGCUGUGUCUGGGGUGGAUAACCUGCAUAAAGUUUCUUUGACAGCGCGCAAGGUGCCAAAAGGUCACGUAGCGGCCUUGCGCAGGCGAAGCUCUUCUUCCAUCAAUAUCGCGCUCGAUGACUAUUAUAAUGGCACUGACCUUCAAUGGUAUGGCAAUAUCUCAGUUGGCACGCCUCCCCAAGAAAUCAGUGUCGUUUUUGACACUGGUAGCGAGACUCUCGAGUUCGCAAGCACCCAGUGCGGAGACCCCUGCGCCAACCAACCCAAGUUCGAUACAUCCCAAAGCUCAACAUAUGUCAACCAUCACCAAACAACCAGCAUCUCUUUUGAGACAGGCAUCGGCGUGGAUCCCAUUACGUCUGACAGCGAGUUCGUGCUGACACUUCAAGAGGGCGAAGACACAGUGACCGUAGGAGGUAUUGCAGUUCCGAAUGUAGAUCUGUACACUAUCAUCGAUCAAACGGCGGCGUUCGCGAUUGACCCUUUCAGCGGCAUCCAAGGCAUGUCAUCACAGGCAGCCGGAUUCUUCGCUGGCCUUAUUGAUCAGGGCUAUCCUUCGUUGUUUGGCAUGUACCUAACACCAAAGUCAGUUGGUAAUGCGGAGCUUACAAUUGGUGGCAUUGAUGACUCCAAAUACUCCGGCGACUUGACGUACUCUCCGCUUCCUGGCGAUUCUGAGGGAUCGUGGCAGCUCAAUUCUCCUACCAUAUACGUAAACGGGGAGACUACCGGCACCUUGGAUCAGCAGCGCACCAUCAUCUUUGACAGUGGAACGCCAAACGUUUACUUCGACACCGACACUACCGAGGCCAUCUACUCCAUAAUAUCCUCAGACAUCCAGCCUUAUAGCUCUGAGCAGGGCGCGUAUGGCAUCGCAUGCAGCAAAAUCGAUCAGUUACCCGCGCAACUCGACAUCACAUUCACCACGGAGUCGGGCGAGCCGUUUAACCUGACGAUCCCCAGCUCUGAGUUCAACGUCGGGCCGUUCAAAGAUGAUCCUUCGACAUGCCAGACGAUGAUCAACGCGCUCGACGGGCUGGAGCUUGUCGGCGGUAGUCUGCUGAAGCACUAUUACAGCGUGUGGGACAUUGGUAACCAGCGCAUGGGCUUUGCCUCGACCGGUGAGCUGUGUGCUACAUAG